UCUUAGAAAACCAUGUUGUUGGUAUGAUGACCCGAUAAGAUAAAACAGCAUUCCCAGGAGGAGACUGUUACAUCGUUACAUUAUAGAGGAUGACGUGAUGGAGAGACGUGAUUAAGAGACGUGAUUGAGAGACAGUGUGAUUGCUGGCCGAGGAUUACCACGUAACAGGGAUCUAUAAGACGUUUAUCUACUGUUUGUGGUACAGACGGGGCGGUAACCAUGUUUAUCUGUUGUACAUUACCUAUAUACACAUGUCAGCACCAUACACCGACUCACUGACACGAACAUGUAAUCAACAGAUAGGUAAAAUAUUCAAUACGAUCCUGCUGACACGCCGAUCCCGGCACAGGGCCUUGGUUUUGUACUUAUGUACACAUGUAGUCUAAAUUGGACAGCAUUAUAUACUACAGCUUGUGUCUGGUACUCCACUUGUCCAUACAGAGUUCAAAACGUGUCAAACUAUAAUUUCACGGAUGUUGUGUAUACAGAUAUUGUUAUCGAGUGCUUUGCUUAACUCCAGGUGUCAGAUUUCAUUGAAAUAAGUGAAUUAAUUUAUUGGAAUUAUCCAGCCUACGUUUAUUAUGGACACACGUAGCUGGGAGUGACCAUUGUCCAUUAAUUUAUACCUGUCUGUUGAUGGUCAGUGUUCAUGUACCCAGAUCACACAGCUGACCAACGAUCAAUUCAGCCUGUCACCAAGGUCCUACUACAAAUACCUAUACUGUGACAUGUCGUCUGUAUCCUGUAGGCUAUAAUCAAAAGCAUGAUAUGAGAUAUUUCAUUGGAAUAUUUUUUCAUUGGAAAACAUUCUGCGUAAUAUGUGGGAGUUCAAAGGAAGUGGUUGAAACAUCAGUGUCAAGUACUACAGCUGGUUAAAUGAGCUUGAAUUAAAGAUUUGGAUUUUUCCUUGUGAUGUAACAACGUGCUUUUAAGGUCUUUAAGUGACAAUCUGGAACAGUCCCAUAGACAUGUAUGUUUACGUGGUCGGGAACUCAGAACAGAGUGUCGCACUGAAGUGUGGGCCAUGUGGGUCCUCCGGCACGGCAGGGGCCGCAAUGGGGGAGUCCCACAUGGAGGCAGACAAAAGAGAGGCAGGGGACGUGUUUAUUGCACAUGAUACAGAGGCUGGGGAUAGGGAUGAGGCGGACAGUGCGAUACACUCAAAUUGUGACGAGGUCGAUUGUGACCGAUCAUUUACCUCCCAAACGAGUCACAGUAACAGUUUUGGUAAGCGAACGCCAGGAUGUACCCGCCGGACGAGCGAGUGCCUCAUUUUGGAGCCUUCGGAGAUGAUAGUGAUUGACUACCCUGAUGUCCAGGUUAUGAAGAGUGGUCAACGACAGGCAUGUAACAGUGUGAACAUUGACCGCUACAUCGAUGACCAUUAUGAAAGCCGCAUGCGCAGAAUGCAUUCUGACGGUAGUGUAGAGCCGUUCCCUCAAGACUGCAGCUUGCGGGCAGGGGAGCAGUUAUACUUACGAAAUGAGCAAAAGCGAUGUUCACGUGCCAGUGACACCUCAAGUGCGUACUCCGGGUCCGACAUGAUGCAGUCGUCCAUUGACGACCAAGAAAAUGUUGAUGCGGACCUUUCCGGACUCCAGGAGAGCAAUGUUGACCUUGACUCGGAUGAGGAGGAAGGCUACCCGGAAUCGGAGUUGCUCCGUGAUGCGGUCCAGGAAUGUCUACAAAAGGACCCCGCUGAUCGAACCGAGGAUGAUAUCGGAACUCUCCUGGAAUUCAUCCAACACUUCAGAGCGUUUGCCAACAUGACGCUACCUAUCCGGCGUGCCCUGUGCUCGGUGAUGGUGUUUGCUGUGGUGGAGAAACAGGGCCAGAUUGUGAUGAACCAUGGAGAGGAACUCGACUCCUGGUCAGUCAUCCUCAACGGUCAGGUGGAAAUUGAUUACCCAGAUGGAGCUGUAGAAUUCCUACACAUGGGUGACUGUUUUGGUAUUACGCCAACGAUGGAGAAGCUUUACCACCAGGGGGUAAUGAAGACAGUGUGCGAUGACUGUCAGUUUGUGUGUGUGGCUCAACAGGAUUAUUACAAAAUCCUACACCAGGGUGAGGAAAACACACGAAGACAUGAAGAGGAGGGAAGUAUUGUCCUUGUGACGGAGCAUCGGAUAUUUGACGGGGGAAACAGACGUGGUCAUAUCGUGAUCAGGGGUACAGCGGAGCGUCUCAUGCAGCACCUAGUAGAGGACCAUUCUGUGGUGGACCCCACAUACGUCGAGGACUUCCUCUUGUGUUACCGCAUGUUCCUGAAGGACCCGUCGGAACUCUCCUCGCGGCUAAAACAGUGGUUUGAGGAUCCAGUACUUCGGCCUAAAGUUACCAGGGUUGUACUUCUUUGGGUGAACAAUCAUUUUAUCGACUUUGAAAUGGACGCUUGCAUGUGCGACUUCCUGGAGAAGUUCGAAAAACUCCUGGAAAGGGAGUUAUCGUCUGACACCAUGAUUGGCCAAUCACGGCUACUGAACAUAGCAUGUGCGGCGAAGGCCUGCCCUCGUACAGUGACACUAACACGGGCCACGAGGGAGGAGGUGCUUCAUUUCUCUGUCUUAGGGGGACAGGAAAGGGGAUUUGGCAUCUUCAUUUCUAAGGUGGAGAGGGCAUCUAAGGCUUAUGAGGCUGGCCUCAAAAGGGGUGACCAGAUUUUAGAAGUGAAUGGCAGUAACUUCCUAAAUGUGUCGCACAACAAGGCCUUAGAGACCCUAAGGGGGACAACUCACCUGUCUGUCACAGUCAAGUAUAAUUUACGAGAUUUUAAAGAAAUGUUGCUGGCAGCAGAUCGAUCUAGUAAAUCAGAGAAACAGGAUGUGGGUGGGCAGUUGAGUAAACGACUGUCGGCACCGAAUCUAGAAGACUUCACCUCCCCACUCAUUAAAUCUAAGGGAACUAAGAAGCCGGAGAAGAAAGACAGAUCCUGGUUUAAUACACUGGGACGCAAAAAUAUUAUCAAGAAAUUUCUACCGCGUAACUCUAGUGUGUCGAGUAUGGAAGGGGAGAGUAUGAACAAAUCAGAUGAGAGCCUUUAUUCGGGUCCACUACGACAGACGUCGACGACAUCAGCGUCUUCCCUAUCACCAGGAAUGAGUACACACCUCAGUGCUAGUAAUCCUGAUUUAUCCUCACUAGCCGUGGACGACGUGAAACAAGAUCUCCCAGAUCAUGUGGUCAAAGUUUAUAGAGCUGACCAGUCCUUCAAAUUUCUUCCCAUCCAUAAGGAAACCACAGCAAGAGAAGUUGUCAUGUUAGCGCUGCAGGAGUUUGGUGUAACUGACCCUAGUAGUAAUUACUCGCUAUGUGAAGUGACAGUGGAAAAUGAAAGUUUGGUAAAACAGAAGCGUUUGCCUGAACAACUCGGUAACUUACCCGAAAGACAGAAUCUCAAUGGAAGGCGUACUGUUCCCUGUGUACUCAGGUAUUAUCUCAAAAACAACAUGAAUACAGAGACGCUCGUCCCCGAUGAGCUGAGGGCCGACCUUAUCAAGGAGGCUCACAUCAGUCUCCUACAACUCAACACAACAGAGGUCGCCUCACAGAUCACCCUAGAGGACUUCAAGGUAUUCAAGGACAUCGAGUCUACCGAGUAUGUUGACAACCUUCUUGCGCUCAAGUCCAAGUAUGGCUGUCCGAACCUAAAGAAAUUUGAAGAUCUGGUCAACAAGGAAAUGUUCUGGGUUGUCACCGAGGUAUGCAGCGAGUCCAACAUUGUCCGACGCGUGAAGCUCAUCAAACACUUUAUCAAAAUAGCACGACAUUGUAAGGACUGUAAAAACUUCAACACAAUGUUUGCUGUAGUGAGUGGUUUGAGUCAUUCGUGUGUGGACAGGCUGCGAAACACGUGGGAGAAAGUACCCAACAAGUAUACCAAAAUGUACAAUGAUCUGAAAGACUUGAUGGAUCCCUCCCGGAACAUGUCUAAAUAUAGGAAUUUAAUAAGUAGUGAUAACUGUCAGCCGCCUAUGUUGCCAUUUUUCCCUGUUGUAAAAAAGGACCUCACAUUUAUCCACCUGGCUAACGACUCAUAUGUGGAUGCACUCGUCAACUUUGAGAAAGUCAGGAUGAUAGCCAAGGAGGUUCGCCAUAUAUGUAACAUGGCAUCUGCUAAAUAUAAUGUAAGUACCAUGUUCCUGGGGACGAGCACUAUGUACGAGAACUCUUGGAUCUCUGGAAUGGCCACCAUGAAACGUGUGAAGAACCGUCGCGGGUCAGCGGUUCCAAACGCCAAGAAGAUGUACGAGGAGGCUCAGAUGGUGCGUCGGGUCAAGUCGUAUCUUAGCAACAUGAAGGUCAUACCAGACGAAGAGAAACUCAAAGAGAUGUCUCACCAGUGUGAGGCUCCACCACUUAAAAAGACGGAUCCAUCAGCCAGUUCAAUAACAGCAUCCAUGGCCAACCUGAUGGAACCCCCUAAGACCGUGUCUAGUGGACCGAAAUUUGGUGCCGAGUCUCCAGAAGCCAUAAGGAAACUUAUGGGUCUGACGGACAAAGUGCGUCCUCAUAACUCCAAACACUCUCUACCCUCCGCUCCAAACCUAACCAGUCCGAUGUCUGGGCGUCGCCAGCCCACGUCGCCAAGGCAUGCUCGUCCGAUACCGGCAUUGCAUUUAUCUCCUGAAAGCUCAUCUGUAGUCAGUUUAAGCAAUAUAGCAUUGCGCAAGCCAAGUCGGAAUGGGUCGAUGGGUUCUGGCGAGUCAGCGAGUCCCACAGGCAGCACACACAGCUCACACCAGCAUUACGAGUCCGAUUCUAGUCGUCACAGCAUGUCUUCUAACUACGACACCCAGAGUACCAACUCAGCUAGCUCAAAUAACUCACCACCCCAGCCGAGGAAGUUCUCUCAUCCUUCUCAUCCCCCACAGACAGGGCCAACACCCCUGGCCGCCCCUCACCAUCACCACCAUCCUACGCCUCCAAUCCCUCAGCCUCCGGGGGUCAGACCCCCUCUGCCGACGUAUGAUGUUGUCAUGCAAAAAUCUCCAGCGUAUAGCCAAUAUAUUCACCAAACGUACACAAACGUAAGACGACCACCUCUCCCCGACUACCGCUCUGCUACGCAAAUGGCACAGUAUGCCCGCCAGAAGCACACGUGGCAGCUGGAACGAACGCGCUCGCAUGAUGGUGUAGUGGGCUACCACCAGAACGGCGAGAUCUCGUCGGGCGAUAGGCAUUACAGAUCAUCAAUGGAUGAUGCUGAAGAGGAGCAAGUGUCCGCAGUAUGAUAGGCGGAUGGUUUCUCUGGAACUGCCAUACGCUGGCCAGCCAAGGUUCAAGCCUGGACAACUGACCAGUGUCCAGGGGCAGCUGACCAUUGGUCAGCAUGGACUAAGUGCAAUAACAGGAAGAAGUUUUGUCUGAUAUCUGUGAUAAUGGUUACAGGGAAGGAGGGGCUAGGGCGGACGUCGCUCGGACUCGUGGGGAAAAUGUUGUAUCCGAUCACAUGGAUUCCGGUGGACCCGAUUUGUACCAUUUAUGCGGAACGUGUCGUAUUAAAAUGAAGUGUUUUCUCCAUGGUGUCAGGUCAUGCUAUAUACUCUCGGGGACGAUGCCAUUGUGGCCCAUUUUCUAAUGAACAUCGCUCUACAAGUUCUACAUUUUCUCCACUCCCAGCAUCUUACAUUGACUUCUUGCUGCGUGUAGAUUUUGUGGAUUCAGUGGAUUUAGAAAUGUGGUGAUCAUGUGGAAUAGUCAUCCACUUGAUCAGGAUUUGGUCCAGAUGCUCCCAUAGAACCGUCGCCUGUCAAAAUAUAUACAUCCAUAGCAGGAUGUAGUUCUAGUCUGCUUGUGAAAUAGUCUUGAAUAUUCAUCGAUGAUAAUCAUUAUUUCAUGAGGAAUUCAUGUCAUGAUGGAUUACUGCGCGGGAUGACCGUUACAUGACCUUCAAUUCUCUUCAGAGAACACUCAACUUCAUCAUGUGAUGUCGUGUUUGUCAGCCAGUUUGGAAAUACACUGUAGUGAUGGAGUGAAUCUCAUUUAAAGUCAUCAUGUGGAUUAGGAAUUCGACCUAAUUGUUUGUGCAAUGGUUCUGGGAAAUCUAUGUACGAUUGAGACAAAAUUGUCUUACGACCAAAAGUCACAAUGGUUAUUGACUGUGAUAUUGAAUCUCCGAUCUUAACUAUUAAUACCCAGAGUACAUUUUACCCAGAGAAAGAUGCUAGUGGUUCUGUUCUGUUGACCGAGAUGAAUUACAAGUACUUCGUGGUACACUUCAAACUUUACAGCCUUGUUUGAGAAACUCUGAUUUGAAGGUAUUGCACAGACUUAAUUCAAAUACUUGUUUAACAUCGGGUUAUGCUGGUGACUCCCACAGAGCAGUUCAACCUCCAUCGUGUGACGACUUGACACUGAGAUAAACAAUCAGCAGAUUUACCGUAAAACUGUAUAUAACUAUACAAAACGUGUAUAACGCGUUAUUGACAAGGCCAGUGAUAAAGUGUAAUAUAUAUAUUUACACUGGUGACCUGUUUAACUCAUUUGUAUGAUGUAGCCAAACUCACUGAUAUUGUCAGCAUUGACAUUCUGACCUUUGACACGGUGCAAAGGUCAAGGGUGACGAGGAUUAUGUCGGACUUGAAACCUGAAACAAAUAGUGCUACAGUGGAGAGGUGGCAACAUUGACACUUUUACUCUGAAGUCUAUGCAGUGGUGCCAUUUCAUUUAGAUUUUGUUGUUGUUAUUGACAAUUAAUUCUACGAGCUUCCAUAUGUUCCAUAUCAUAUUUGUCUUGCACAGGUCUCUGUUGUAUCAAACUAACUUUGCUUCAGAUUUGAUCCACGAAGAUAAAAUUGGAAAUUAUGAUGAAAAUGUUUUGCAAUUUAUUUAAACUUGAAAGAAAAAGAGCGCAUUCUGGCAGUCAAAAUUACUUCCUUGACAAAUCAAAUUAUUAGAACAUUUCGUAGUCGGGUUGAAAAAAAUAGAUAUUAAAUAUUUGACUAUCAAGCAUAUCAAGCUAAUUAGUGUUGCUACAACAGAGCUCUGGUUUACUAGUGUGGCUACCUUACAAACUGGUAGCGAUGAGACUUUGACCGGUAACAUCUAUAUCUCUCCAUGGUACGACUCAUUUUAUUUAUUUCCUCCAUUCCCUCAUAUUGUGUACGUACCCAGUCUUGUUGGUAAACAAAUACGCAUUAUACAAGAAUUAUAAUUGUAUUUCGAUGUAUCUUAAAAAAUUCAAAUUGUCCUCGGGAAAAUUUCAAGAAAUUUUGGACAAUCAAUUGCUGCAUACAUUAAAUUUAAUAAAAAAAGUUAAGACAUAUUUUUUACUUCAGUACUUCAUUAUAAAGAUACCAUAAUGGUUUGGUCUUUUUAAGUAUUUUUUGUUAUAACGAAAAAAACAGAACCUGGGAAAACAAGAACAGUUAGACCAAUUUGGUGUUUUUUUUGUUUCCAGUUACCAUACCUAUACCCUUUACUUUUAAGGCUGAUUUCCAGCAAGCACUGUCGAGUUUACUCUCCUAUAUACGGUAAUUCUUAUAAAAAUGGAAGUAUUUAAUUUAUUACCCUAAAUUUUUUCAGACAUGUAACAGGAAAUAAACGUGUUUUAUUUGCCUUACAGUACAUGAUUAAUAUGUUAAGUUUCAGUUACUGUAGGUUAGGUUUGCAGAGUGUAAACUAGAUCUGACACAGAUGAAAAACAGUACUAUUGUGUCGGGUUUUGGCAAACAUCGAGUUUGUGUUAAGUUUUAAUUUAAGCAAUAAAAAGUAAAAUGUUUAGUGUAAAACAUUGUCUCCAAAGUACUUAGCACAAAGACUAUCUUCUGACCACUUUGUCGUCACGUCCCCCGCUGUGAUACAUUUGAUAAAUGGGAUGCUAGUAUUUCUUCUAAAACUAAGCUUAUAACAUAUGAUUAUAUUUGGUUAUUAAGACAUUAACCCCUGAAAUUUCAUAAUGGACUAUUCCAACAUUUGAAACGGAUUAGUUCAAAUGUGUCUUCAGGGGUGAAUGAGUUAAGUCAGUAAAUGCUAGAGGUAGCCUCUAUAUAUCCACAGUGGACCUUCAAACACAAGUGAUCGUAGUCCUUUAUGAAACACAUUUCCUUAUAACAUUGCAAAAUUUACAAGUAUGGAAUUCUGUUUGUUACAAAUAUAAUUAAUUAAGUUCACUUUGAAAUAUUUGGAGACAAAAUUGACCUAGAUUUUUUUUCUACGCUCUGUUGUUGAUUGAAAAUAAUUGUUCACAUUAAAAUGAUCAGGAUUGGUGAUCAAUGUUUGAUAGUAUGGACCAUGAAGAAUAAUUUAAGGCCAAACAGAAUUAACUUAUACUGUAUAAAGACAAAAUAGGAACUGUAGAGCACUGCAGAUCCAGAUAUUACCAGUGCUUGACUACAGAAAAAUCAGGGGUAUGCUAUUCCACUAGCUUAACGCCCCCGGAGCUGGUCUAUUUUAUGUCAUCGCUCAAUAUUUACUGUGAAAAUACUUUUAAAAUAAGUCUUUAAAAUCUGCAUGGGGGCUAGUGCUCUAAAUAUGAAACAGUACAUGCCUGAAAACCUGGUAGAGGGUUGGCAGUACUAUUUAACCCUUUCACCACUGUGGACCACAAUGGACUCAUCCAGAUAAAGCUAUGGUAGAGUCUACUGAAGUUAACUAGGGGUGAAGGUAGGGAGAUUAACCUGAAUUAAACAUAUAUUUUAUUUGGCCUUACUCCGAUUUGAUAUCUGGAUGUAGACCCAGUGAAAGUCCUUAAUGUCUAGGAACAUAAACCAGGCUAGAUAUGUACUUGUCUGCUGAUACAAUCGGGAGCCUAACCCUCCCCUGCAGAUUAUAAGUCAUAUAUUGAAAUAUUGAUCACAGUAGAUAAGGCUAGCUAUGGAAUGAAAAUAUAUAUGGUCCAUCUCCUCUAACACUCAAUUUGACCUGAUAACAUUGUCAACUGAGUAACAGAAAUAAGAAAAAUAGGUAAGCUU